GAGAUCUGGGAACAGCUCCUGCAACACCACUGAGACUGAGUGACCCCGUCCUUCGCUGCUGGAUUUCUAUUCUCUACCAUUUGGCUCUAAAUGUGAAGGAGGGUUAACGGAGCUGAAGAAACACUGUGGAUAUCUCUGAUACUUGGAUUGUUCACUGACCCUGCAUGAACACUUUCAUACAUCUCCUGUGCUGCUCCUGAUCCUGAAGAAUGCAGUCCAUCAGAGACUUGAAGCCUAACUUCGGCGGCCCUCCUCCUCCCUCCAUGGCUGCCGGCCCUGAUGCUUAUCUCCAGGGUAACAUCAGGUUGACUCUCGAGGACCCUGAUCUCUGGAAGUCUUUUCAUGAAAUAGGGACAGAGAUGAUCAUCACUAAACCCGGAAGGAGGAUGUUUCCACACUGUAAAGUGAAUCUCUCCGGCCUGAUUCCAUGUGCAAAAUACAUUCUGCUGGUUGACAUGGUCCCUGAGGAUGGAUUCAGGUAUAAGUGGAAUAAAGAGAAAUGGGAGGUGGCAGGAAAAGCGGAGCCCCAGCCUCCCUGCAGGACCUACCUCCACCCCGACUCUCCGGCCCCCGGGAGCCACUGGAUGAAGCAGUCCGUCUCCUUCCUCAAGCUCAAACUCACCAAUAAUACGCUCGACCAGCACGGCCAUAUCAUUUUGCACUCCAUGCAUCGCUACCACCCACGCUUCCACAUCGUCCAGGCAGACGACCUGUUCAGCGUCCGCUGGAGUGUUUUCCAGACCUUCACCUACCCCGAGACUUCGUUCACAGCCGUCACCGCCUACCAGAACACCAGGAUUACAAAGCUGAAGAUCGAUCACAACCCUUUUGCCAAAGGUUUCCGGGAGGAAGGCACCAAUAAAAAACGGCGUUCGAACAAGAACCCAGGCUGCCCCGAGAAAAGACCGAAGAUGUCAGACAUCUUAGACAGGGACUCGGAGGAAGACAGUCCACAAGAUUUCUGCCCGUCAUCCUAUGAGGCCUAUGAUGGAGAGGAAGGAGAGCUUCCCAAAAGGAAAGAGGUCAAUGGUGUCAAAGAGGAGCGUUACUCCCCGUGGGCCGCUGACAGGGAGCACAGAGCGAGGACUGAAUCUCCUGCUGGGGCAGACAACAGAGAUAUGUACAACGCAGAGCAGCUGGUUCCUGCUCCUGCUUCCUACCAGCCGUACAGGUUCCACGAGUACGGGAAGUCUCCCUCUCCUUCCUCCAGCAUCGGCAGCAGCAACAGUGGCACAGAACGCAGCAGCUUUGAGUCCAGGGUCCCUGAUGUCGCCACUGUCCCCGAUCACGACUCUUCAAAACCCCGCACGCAGGAGAUCGGGCCCCCCCCCUGUGGCCCCCAGCCCCUCCCUGCCCCUCAGGACUACACCGGGGUCCUCAACAUGAGCAUGGCCCAGGCCGGCAAGCCUGGGGUCAUUGGCCACCACAUCUACAGCCCCUACGGUGCUGAGCAGCCCUUGGGCCAGUGGAGUGGUCCCGGUCCCGCUCAGUACCCACCUCCUCACCACCUGACUGCCGACUACACCCCGCAAGCUGUGCACCACGGCUAUCACCAUGGCAACGUGGCCGAGUGGAGCCAGUACCCGCUGUUCUCUUACUCGUGCUGGUGAAGGGAUCCUUGACGUUAACUGACUGAGAGUGACUUAAAGUGCUGCGGCGCCAUCUUGCCAGAAUGCUGAUCUAGCACUCGCAGGGAGGAAGUGCAUGUCCAGACGAGGCUGAGGGCCCGGGGCCUGCAACAAGAAUAGAAAGAGUAAAAGAUGUAAAGUGUGAGCAGGGACUGUCGCUGCCUUGUCUUCAGACCGGCAGGACUCGGACUCCUGUUACUGUGUGCUGCUGCGCCAUGCCUAAAGAUUGUUUCAUUAACUGUCUAUUUAUUUUGUAUUUCAUCUCUCGUUCAAGUGUAAAUAAUAUUUUUGUAAAAAGAAAGAAUAAAACGUAAGUGUGCAAGUUAUGUCUUCAAGUUGUGAUGUGAUCUGAAAAUAAAAGA